AUGUUCCCUCUUAACGCCAUUGCAUGCGCUGGUGCAAUCCAAUUGGCGACAACACAGUUUAACGUCGGGACUUAUGUCCCGUCGCUUGCAUGGAUUGAUUGGAUCCGCGGUUUGGAUGAUGAGCUACAAAAGACAGGAAAUGAAUUUGAUGAGUUCUUGGAGAGAGUUGUGCAAGAUCAUGUAGAUGGUGAUGGAGAUAGGACUGAUUUUGUGGAUAUAUUGCUCGCUAUUCAGAGAAUUAAGAGCGUCGGUUUUGAAAUCGACCUACUCAGCAUAAAGGCAAUCAUCUUGGAUGUUUUUGUUGGUGGUAUGGACACAUCGUACACACUUAUGGAAUGGGCUAUGACAGAGCUUUUACGUCACCCAAAGUGUCUGAACAGACUCCAAGAAGAAGUCCGUACGGUUUGUAAGGGAAAAUGCAAUGUAUCACAAGAAGACAUUCAAGACGUGAACUACUUAAGAGCUGUGAUCAAAGAGACACUCAGGCUACAUCCUCCACUUCCAUUGCUUGUUCCUCACGAAUCAACACAUGAUGUCAGAUUAAGAGAUUACCACAUACCUGCCGGUACACAGGUGAUGAUCAAUGUUUGGGCUAUCGGGAGAGAGGCUGCCACGUGGGGACCAGACGCGGAGGAGUUUAGACCGGAGAGGCAUUUAGAUUCGUCUGUUGAUUCCCGAGGUCAGGAUUUUGAGCUGAUUCCAUUUGGAGCAGGGAGAAGGAUCUGUCCAGCAAUAUCAUUUGCUGCGGUAUUGAAUGAGCUUGUUUUGGCUAACUUAGUGCAUCAGUUUGAUUGGAUAUUACCGGUUAAAUCUGCAGAAGAUCAGACCGGUGUCGCUGAAUCAACUGGAAUUACUAUUCAUCGCAUUGUCGGGACUUAUGUCCCGUGGCUUGCAUGGAUUGAUUGGAUCCGUGGUCUGGAUGGUCAGCUACAAAAGAUAGGAAAUGACUUUGAUGAGUUCUUGGAGAGAGUUGUGCAAGAUCAUGUAGAUGGUGACAGAGAUAGGAACGAUUUUGUGGAUGUAUUGCUCAAGAUUCAGAGAGAGAAGAGCGUUGGUUUUGACAUCGACCGGCUCAUCAUAAAGGCAAUCAUCUUGGAUAUUUUUGUGGGUGGUACAGAUACAUCGUUCACACUUAUGGAAUGGGCUAUGACAGAACUUCUACGUCACCCAGUGUGUCUGAACAGACUACAAGAAGAAGUCCGUACGAUUUGUAAGGGAAAAUCGAGUGUAUCACAAGAAGACAUUCAAGAUAUGAACUACUUAAAAGCUGUGAUGAAAGAGACACUCAGGCUACAUCCUCCACUUCCAUUGAUGGUUCCUCAUGAAUCAACACAAGAUGUCUCAUUAAGAGAUUAUCACAUACCUGCCGGUACGCAGGUUAUAAUAAAUGUUUGGGCGAUCGGGAGAGAGGCUACGACAUGGGGACCAGACGCAGGAGAGUUUAGACCGGAGAGGCAUUUAGAUUCGUCAGUUGAUUUCCGAGGUCAAGAUUAUGAGCUGAUUCCAUUUGGAGCAGGGAGAAGAAUUUGUCCAGCAAUAUCUUUUGCUGCGGCAUUGAAUGAGGUGGUUUUGGCUAACUUAGUGCAUCGGUUUGAUUGGAGAUUCCCGGUUGAAUCUACAAAAGACCAGACCGGUGUCGCUGAAUCAACUGAAAUUACGAUUCACCGCAUGUUCCCUCUUUACGCCAUUGCAUCAUCUACUACUACUUGACUUAGGCAUUAUAUAUACAUGCAUGCUUUGUUAUGUUAUGUGU